UUUCGUGACCACAACCUUCACGGACACAACGGAAACGCAUCAGAUGCUCUCUCCCUCCUUGCUCCUGCCGUCCCUUACCUCCCCUUCCAUCCUCGUCCUCGAGCGAGCCGCUGCAGGCGUCACACCGUCGCCAGAGGCGCCUGCUGACGGCGAGCCUGAAUCCAAGGCCUGUGCAACUGGCGACGACGACCAUCAGAGGGCCGACGAGUGGUCCCUCGCCUCCUCCUCCGGCUAGAUGGUCCUGUCGCCCAUGUAUCUCCCCUUUCAUGGCCGUCCUCGAGCGUGCUGUUGCGGGCAUCACGCUGCCGCUAAAAACACAUGUCGGCGGCGAGGACGAGGCCUAUGCAGCCGGCAGCGACGACCACCAACAGUUCCAGCUUGCCGAGCCUAACCAGAGGGCCGAGGAGCCACCUUCUCCGUCUAGAUGCUCCCAUCGUCCGUGCAUCUCCCCUUCCAUCCCUGUCCUCGAUUGUGUCGUUGCGUACGUCGUGCCACCGCCAGAGUCUCCUGUCAACGGCGAGGCCGAGACCAACGCCUGUGCACCCAGCGGUGACGACCACCACCAGCUGCAGCUUGUCGAGCCUCACCAGAGGGACGAGGAGUGGUCCCUCGCCGCUUUCUCAGUCUAGGUGUAGUUCAGCGAUACGCAGUACAUGCUUAGGUGCCAAGACCUGCAGGUCCAUCGCCUACUACGACAAGGGCCUCGAGAUCUUGAUGGCUACGCUCGGCGAGCGUGAUCCCCCAUCGCAAAGACCUGCAGUUCUCAGUUCAGGAUGACAUCUGCUGGCCUAAAAUCAGGGAUGUCUGUUAGUCUAUAGGAGCUGGAGCCAUCCUAAGAGAUGUUCAAGCAAUUGGGGCGUCCCUUCCAUCAUGCAUUGUGCACAUAAAUUGGUUAUGGGAUAUGUAGAUCCGUGAGGUGCUGUUGAAGAAAUCUAAACUCUCUACUAACAACACAAACAAUCUUCCAUUCAACGAAGCUUGUGUCACAUCCACGGUCCCCCCUUCCUUGUCCGACUCUGACCCACGGCCACCAGUCCACCACCAUCCAAAUUCCCACGACGUUCCUCCCUCCACGCUGUUGUGUCCUCCUCCGACCUCGCCACCGUCGCCAGUGUUGGGCCAGGUUCGCGCGCGCCAUCGACUCUGUGUCCCUGUCGUCGGCCACGACGCUGCUCACUGGCGACCGCCUCAUGAUCUUACUCUUCGUGGCCCAACACACCUCGCCGCAUCACUUGCAAUCCUCAUGGUGUCCGCCCUCGUCGUCGAGCUCGUCGUGGAUGGCUCCAGCUCUGCCCUGCUUCGUCGCUUCGGAACCAGAUGCGGAUGAGCUGCGCCCCUCCCCUCUCCCUCUCUCAUUUGAUGAUGUCCCUCUCUCAUGUCACUGUUUUUCCCUUCUUUGCUAUUUUAGCAUAUGGAAGCAUUUCUUCAUAAUUUGCUGGAUCUACCAGAUUCCACAAAGUCUUGCAAGGUCAUUCAUGCUCUCUUUCUUUUUUUUGGUGUCGCCAGCUACCGACGCCAUGAGGUUGCCUGAUGUGGUACUGGUGUUGUUCGUGACCUGGAUCUCGGGAAGGCCUCCGUGGGUGCAUGUUUGUUUGCACAGAAAUUUUGUCCAUUUCUUCGGUCAAGUUUGCUUGCCAAAUCAGUGUUGCUUUUAGGAUUUUUUAUGUGUGUUGCAUUGAUAGGAGCAGGAUAGUUCAGCAGGAACUAUAUGGAUCCUUUUACCAAUUGUUCAGAGCAUUUUUGGCUCCGUAUAGUUCGUCCAUGGCAAGAGCUUAGGGAGGCUAUAAUUUGUGAAAAUGCGAUUUCGUUCUAUAGUGAAUCAAUCUGGCAAGAAAUUAUUAGCUAUUAGUUUUAUUAGUCGUUUGUCCUACAAAAUCUUCAUCUGAAUCUAUGUUAGGCUGUUGCUUUAAAAAUAUUUACUCAGUUAGGUACAAACUUGACGAAUGUUGCUGGCACUUCAGUAGUUUUUUGGCGUCGAUUGCAGCUGGCAUUUGCCCUUCAACGCUCGGUAUUCUGUACUUCUACGUAUUAUUUUUUGGGGAUGCAAUGGAUAUACUGGUCACACGUUUGCCAUUCGUGUUUUUUGUUAGUUUGGGUUCUUCAAAUGUUUAGUAGAUCACGAUGAUAUGGACCUUCUUCGAUGAAAAAACACAUGGUAGUAAAGAACUUGCUAUCCAACUUUGCAACGGUUUAACAGAAAACAUAUCGCUCAAAGAAACACAAAACAUACUCGUCCUCUCGCAAUAGUUCAUUGCAUAUAGCAUCAAGUCCUGGCAAGAGUUCAGCUUUUGAAUGGGACAUUAUACAAGCGACCGAUUGAUCACAUUUCUAGAACAAGAAAAAAUUGAGCAAGCCCACCUUUUUUACAUCUCAGGGUUAAACACACUGAGUGCCAAGAUAUUGCGUUAAACAACUAUCUAGAAGGACAACUUUGUCCAGGCUUUUCACUGGUCUUCCUCCGGUUAUCUCAUAAGACAAAGUUAUCCUUGGCCUUGACUUUUUUUCAGAUUUCAAGGUACGUACACUUAAUUCAGAAGAAAAGGGAUUUAUUCAUGACAAAAACAGGCUUUGGAUCUCACUAUCUUGUGCCAGCUCACAUGCUCAUCAGAAAAGCUCUGUAUCCUCAAUGCUUCUGAGUGGAUAUUAAAAGCGGAACUUUUAGAUAAUUUUUUGUCCAGAAAAAAGGCUACAAAACGACACCAUUUUCAUGGACCUGAUAUAUAAAAACUUGACAACGACAACAAAAUAACAUUUGAUUGUUGGUUUUGCAGAGGCAGAAAUGCUUUAAGGAGCUGCAGUGAUUUUUGUGGACAUGUUCCAGUCUGAUAUUGAUUCAGGAUUCUGCAAUGGGACUGCUAGGGGUCAUCAGGUUCAGGGACAAGCCAAAAGUAGAAUAUGUUGGGCCUUACCUUCAUCACGGUCCCCUCAGAGGUGCCAUCAUGUAAUGGCUUCAAUAAGUGAGUUUCAUCAGGCUAUUGAAAGUGGUGCAGGUCAGAGCCAGGCUAGAUUUUGUUUUGGGGUAAAUGCACUUGUCAUUAUCAAUUUACUUUGCUUGAUAAUGAUGCAUCAUGUCAGGGACCGCAGUUAUUUAACUCUGAUUUUAUUAUAACUUGCUUCUAGCGAACGGUCAUGCAAUUGACCGAACAUGUAAACCAUAAGCAAAUGUGAUGUAGGAGAUUUUUAUAUAAAUAGACUUUUGCAGCCACUUUGAUGUUUUGUUUUAUGUUUCCUUUUUGUGAAAAAAUAUUAUGGUGCUAUUCGAGUGUUUUUUUCUUAUUACAAUUUCAAAUACUUAUGUGAAUAGCAUAGCGCCCGAUAGGGCGCUGUCUUAUUCUAGUGUUCAUGCAAACCGGACCCUUCAGGAUGCAAUCAACUUGCACAAAAUGUGGUGGUUCUGGGAAGACUGUGAAGGUAGGGUUUCCCUCUUAAUGACAUAUAUCAGCUGCAACAACCAAAAAAAAGAUUAUGUAGCACAGUUGUAGUAUCAGGCCUCCUAUGCCAUGAGUCAUUAUAGUACACCCUUGGCACAGGUAUUUCACUGAGGUUGAUGAUCUUGAAGUCUGAAUUACUUUUCCUCACCAUAUUUUAUUCUACUAGUCAUGAAUGAUUUAUUUCCUGAUUGCAUGUAAAGUCAGCUCUAUCAUGUUAACUAAUUGAGUUACCCUGUAAUGGACUUCCUCUAUAGAGCAGCUUAUGAAUUUUGAUUAAUCAGCACAACACUGGUUAUGUUUCUAUGUUAUUCCUUUAGGAAUUCUGCAAGACACGCAGAGGAAAUAAAGUUGUGCCUGGAACGAAAUCAGUUCGUCUUGACAUAGUGCCUGGUGAGUGGUGAGUUUCAUGUUGUCAUGGUUCACUGGAAUCACGCCCGCCCGCCCGUAUAGGCUAGGCUAUAUCUUUAUGCCUGCAUCUCUAUACUCCCCUAGUCCCCUGAAAGUUAUUGAUCAGGCUGCCAUGCACAGUGUUCUCUUAGCAUUUUUACAAUAUUUUAUAUGUGGCAACAAAAGUUUCAUCAUCACAAUGUUUUUAAAUACAAAUACAAAUCAAUGGUUUGUCCAUCAGGCUUCAGCAAGCAAUGCAAGAUCCGUCGGCCUCUCCUCCGAAAUCAUCAGAUUUCAGAUCUUAGACUGUCUGCAGCAGUCUAUCUAUAGUUUAUCCAAAAGCAUUAUUUUGCAUUGUUCUGUAUCGUAGAUUACACUGCAGUCUAUGUAUAGUUUAUCCAAAAGCAUUGUUUUGCACUGUUUUGUAUCGUAGAUUACACCGUUCGCAGAGUGGAGUUUGAAUAUGGAUAUAGGAUAGAUAAGUUGCUGGAGAUAGUUUUAGAGGGUGUUUGGUUCCUUUAGGGGAUGUUUGGUUCAAUGAAUCACUCCAUCUAAAAUAAAGUGGUGUAACA